AUGAAUAUAACUUUUAUUAGAAUAAUUUCGCUUUUUUUGGCGUUAUUUUAUGUAAUAAUACAUGUAGCAAAUUGUUUGAAAAAAGUAUGUUUAUUAUCACCUGUACAUAAUAAAAAUAAAAAUAGGGAAUUUCAAAAGGCAGCAUAUCACAUUAUUAUAAAGAAGAACUAUUUCAAUUUAAGCACUUUAAGGAAAAUAAAAAUAAAGUACAGAAAAAUGUAUGCAUUUCAAGAUAUGGUAUAUACAAAUAAAAAGAAAAGUAUUAUUAACUUAGUUUACCCAGAUAUGAUUAAGAAGGAAAAAAAAUAUAUUGCAGACAAAUUAAAGGAAAUUAUAGAGAAACAAGAAAACGUAAGGUACCCAAUGGUUUUUAAUGAAUGUAUAAACUAUUUUCAUUCCAACUUUUUCUUCUAUUAUGUGUUUUUUUCCUUUUUAAGGAUUGAACGGUAUUUAUUCCUUCUUGAAAAAAUGAAAAAAUUAUUGUUAAAAAAAUUGUUAACAAAAACAUGGUUCGCAAAAAAAUUAAAGGCUUGCUCGUUAAGUAACGUAGUUCCAGAUUUAACCUUAUUCGAAAAGAGGUAUAUAUGGAACGGAAGAAAAGUAAGUGCACUUUUUAAAAACAAUUUUAGUAUACUUAAUAGAAAAUUAAAUGUACUAUUAGACCGAUAUAUGCAAAAUGAUAAAUAUUACUAUAAUACAAGAAACAUAAAAAAAGAUGAUUGUAAUAAAAACCUUGUAAUUAGUAGUCCACUGCAUAUUGCGUAUGCUUUACAACUAUACGGCAUGUUCAAUAAUAAUUAUUUUUUAAAGAGCAUAAACUCCACUACACGAUUAAUUAACAUAAAUAUGCAAUUUUAUCUUUUAAAAAAUUAUAUAAACGAUACAUAUUCAUCCGAAAAAAUUUUGUACACAUAUAAAACCUUUGUUCAAUUAACAGUUAAGAAGAAUAUGAUUCCUUUAUUUAGCUCGUUUCAAGAUAGUACAAAAUUAAUUAAAUAUUUUGAGUCUGCAUUAGACGAAAUAGUGAAAAGGCAACUGGAUGUUGAUAUACCUAACUUAAAAAUUAUGAACUUGUUAAAUUUUUCAGUAAUACUACUAAAUCUUUUGUUAAGGAAAGUAAUUCAAGUUUUAUUUUAUUUUAUUUUAUUCUAUAUCAAAAAAAAGAUAUACGAAAGGAGGAAGUUUAUGAAAGAUGUAUAUUCAUUUCCGUUUUAUUGA